AUGCCAGCCCUAGAUGGAAUUCAAGUCCUUGAGUUGGCUGGCCUGGCCCCAGGGCCUUUCGCUGGAAUGAUGCUUGCGGACAAUGGCGCCACAGUGAUACGCAUCGACCGCGUCAAGCAACAUCACCAGCCCAGCCCCGACGUUUUGAUUCGAAACAAGUCCUCAAUUAAGAUUGAUUUGAAAUCGCCUGGUGGAAAAUCUUUAUUUCUUCGCCUUGUCAAAUACGCAGAUGUCUUGAUUGAUCCGUUCCGACCGGGCGUGCUCGAGAAACUCGGGCUCGAUCCCAGAACAAGACUGCUUGAAGUAAAUCCACGAUUGAUAAUAGCUCGAUUGACGGGGUUCCGGCGAGAUGGAAGGUAUGCACAUAUGGCAGGGCAUGAUAUAAAUUACUUGGCUGUGUCCGGCGUGCUUUCGAUGCUUGGCUCGUCCGCCGUGAUUCAGCCAUCCAAUCGUCCAUUGCCACCGUUGCCGCCUGGAAACAUACUGGGAGACUUUGCCGCAGGAGGUCAUAUGUGCUUUACAGGUAUUAUGUUAGCGCUCUUUGCGCGCUCAACAACUGGGAAAGGACAGGUAGUGGAAUCCAAUAUGGCAGAUGGUGUUAGUUAUCUAGCAACCAUGCCAAGAAUCUCGACGAAGAUUCCUGGCCAAUGGGAUCUGCCUCGAGGGCAAAAUCUUUCCGAUGGGGGAUGUCCUUACUACAAUGUCUAUGAGUGCAAGGAUGAUGGCAGCUAUUUCGCCGUGGCUGGCUUAGAGCCACAGUUCUUUCUUGAAUUAGUUGACGGACUCAGUCUGCGCGACGAAGAAUGGGUUAAGACCCGAGAAGAUCGUGCAUGCUGGCCAGCUAUCAAAGCUGCGUUUGAAAAGCGUUUCAGACAGAAGACACGUCAAGAGUGGGAAGAAAUCUUUGAUGGCACUGACGCUUGUGCGACCCCGGUCUUGACACAGCAAGAACUGGAGGCCAACGGAUACGAGUUGAGGGCGGGCGUGACUUUAACCGAUACACCUGCACUAGCUAUUGGUAAAUUGGGAUGGAAUUUGGAAGUCCUAUAUCCGGGUGAAGGGGGAAGUAAAGCAUUGACGGAAUGGCUAGGAUGGAAAGAAGGGCAUGACUAUGAAGUUGUUAAUGAAGGAUUGGAAUGUAAACCAAAAACUAAAUUAUAA